AUGAGAGUCGUGUGUGACCAGAGACACAUCAAGGAGACUUCUGAACAGACUGAGAAGCUCCACACUCCCGGCCACAAGGGGGCGCCACUCCUCCAUACCACAGACGGAAAACGGACCCGCUUUGCUGAGUUCCGCGACCGAACGCCUCCGGAGAACGUGCUUCCGGAGAACGUGCUUCCGGAGAACGUGCUUCCGGAGAACGUGCUUCCGGAGAACGUGCUUCCGGAGAACGUGCUUCCGGAGAACGUGCUUCCGGAGAACGUGCUUCCGGAGAACGCGCCUCCGGAGAACGUGCUUCCGGAGAACGUGCCUCCGGAGAACGUGCCUCCGGAGAACGUGCCUCCGGAAAACGUGCUUCUGGAGAACGUGCUUCUGGAGAACGUGCUUCUGGAGAACGUGCCUCCGGAGAACGUGCUUCCGGAGAACGUGCUUCCGGAGAACGUGCCUCCGGAGAACGUGCCUCCGGAAAACGUGCCUCCGGAGAACGUGCUUCCGGAGAACGUGCUUCCGGAGAACGUGCCUCCGGAGAACGGGCUUAGGAAUAACCAUGGUUGA